CACGGGAAGCACCAGCUUUCAAAUAAAAAUAAAUUAUCAAAACCGGUUCACCCAGUUGAAAGAUUUGAGGUAACUAACAUAAAAAAAAGGAACACCGACCGAUGAAUUGAGAACCUCCUCCUUUUUUGAAGACGGUUAAUAAUAAUUUGUAGCUUCGAAAUAAUGUUUGUGAACAAAAAAAUCAAAAGGAUCACCUUUUUCUCUUAACUUCUAUUAUAGUAAGACAGGUAUCAAUAUUUAUAUCUUAUCUUCAGGUUUAUUUAUUAUCAGCCGGAAGACAUCCACUGCUGGACAAAGGCCUCCCCCAAAGAUGUCCACGACGAGCCUGCGCUGCCGUCAUCCAACGUAUUCCGACGGCCUUGAGCUGGUCAUUGGUCCAUCUUGCGGAGGAACUUCAUACGCUGCGUCUUCAGCUAAAGAAUGGCAAAGAAACGAUACUCCAAAAGCUAACUCAAGGCGUGAGAAACGAGAAGAACCCUCCUCAGAAACUGAGAGUUCUGAAAAUGAUGACGUAAAAAAUGAAGAAAGCAAAAAUGCCGAAGGUGAUGAGGAUAAAGAUGAGAAAGAGGAUGCAGAAGAAGGAGAAGAAAAAAAGGAAGAGAAACCCUGUGAAGAGAGCAUCUAUGUAUAUCAAGUUCCUUUGGCUAUCGAGUAUAUGGAACCAGAGGUCUAUUUAGAAGAAUUUUAGAAAAUGUU